AUGAGAGACUGGAUGAAUUUGGGUCAUGCCGGUGUGUUGUUGCAUGCUUAUGAUGAUCUCUAUCCACACAAUGAUAAGACGUAUAGCCAGUUAUGGGAGUCUUUGAAAAGUCACGAUUCAUCAAGAGUAAAUCACACUCCAGUUGUUACUCAGCUAAUGCGAUCAGAUACAUGGUUGUAUGGAUUUAUGGAUCCUCCAGAGCGAAUACAGGUGAUUACAUCUCAAGGAUUUUAUACUAUUCCAGUAGCCAAGAAACGGUUGAUGGGAGAACAGGAGCUUUGGGAUACUUAUCAUGGGGUUUCGGGCUCAGAACAUUCUGAAGCUAGUUUGGCACAGUUGGAUCUUCACAGUGUGGUCAAAGAGUUGGAUACCAUUAAUUUAAAGUACAAUGACCCCGUUGAUUGGAACAAGCCCAUUCCCGAACAGUAUAAUAUUCCUCACGAAGAAUUCAAGUGGAGUUUGGAUGAUGAAAUUGAAAAAUUGGAGUCCAAAUCAGAUAAAUCGUCUUCGGAAAUAACACACCUGCAAAAGUUGAAGGAUUGUCGUGAUACUAACGACCGUGCGAUGUUUUUCUUUCCUGUAAACUAUCUAGAGCAUGAUCGCUAUCUGAAAGGUGACCAUACAAACUUCCCAUUCUUUCAAUCCGUCGUUGAACCAACCAGAAGAAGGUCUCAUAUUCAUCAUCUGAUGAGAAACUAUGCCAAAUUUAUGAGGCAGGCAGGCUAUAAUUACUGGGUGUUCUCUGGAAAUGCCAUUUCAUGGUACUUCAACGGAAAUAAUAUGCCAUGGGAUGAAGAUAUAGAUAUUAGAAUGACGGUACAGGAGAUGAACCGUAUGUCUUUAACUCAUAAUGCCACUUUGGUGGUAGAGAAUCCUGAAGAAGGAGACGGUUUGUACUACUUCACGAUAUCUCCUUGGUUUGGUGGCUUCACUAGAACAGGUAAUCACAUUGAUUCUAGAUUUGUCGAUAUUAAAACAGGUUUGUACAUCGACAUUACCUGCUUAUAUGAGGUCAGUGAAUCCAAAGAAGAGAUCCUUCAGCGUGAUGCUAUAUUUGACUCAUGGGGAAUUAAAAAGGAAUAUCGAGAAGAGUACUUGAGUAAUCAUGCGGUAAUUAAUGACAAGAACAACAACUGGUACUGGGAGGACAACUUCAGCCGCAAUUUCCGUACCCUUUUUGAAGGUACUAUGACCUAUAUGCCAUACGAGUUUGCAAAAGUGUUGGUUUAUAAUUAUGGGCGUGAUGUGUUGACUCGCCGUGACUUUGAUUCGUGGAACUAUUAUCCAGAGACAGGUAUGUGGGUGAAUGGCAGAUUGUGUGAGCCUAAAAAGUAUCAGAAAGUGUUCGAUUAUGGCGAAGCUUUCAACUCCGAUGGAAAGCUUACCCUUAAGGGAGCUUGUGACCGCGAUGCCCUUUUAGAUGAAUGGACUAGAACUCACAUUUCCAUUGACAUGCAUAAAGAAGAGUUGGAUCUAUUCACUAUUGGUGAUAAGGGGCAUCUCAAGUACUCUGAAAAGGACUUGCCAAUCUAUUGGUCCGAUGAAUUUACGGAUAUCUUUAAUUAUUACGAAACAAGUGGUGACAGUAGCAUAUAG